AUGGUAUUGUCAUCGAUUCAUAUAGUACUGCAAUAUCUCAGACGUGUGGAAGUGGGUGAAAACAGAAUUACAAAAUUCGAUUACUACAUACAUACAUGUCAAGCUAAUAUAAAGCAGUAUAUACAAAACCUCAACUAUUUACGUAGUACAAAACCAAGCGGAUUGGUCAGUCCUUGUUUAUUUCUCCAUCUUAUUCUAAUGAAUUUUGGCGCUUUUAUUUUAAAUUUAUCCUAUGCUACUGCAGCGCCACCAUUAUUGGACGCGUUUUUAGGGACACUUUUCAUAUACAGAGAUGGUCCUCCUUCUACUCUACACUCCAUACCUAUUACAAAAUGA